AUUCAUCAUGGCCAAUAAAGAAUUCGAUUGGAGUUCCAUUUUAGAGUUUCUCAAGCCGAAGGAGCCAGUAAGCGUGGAACGGGACCGGCUUCGGGAGCGGGAACGACAGGCCCGCGCGGCGAUGUCGGUCCAGGCCGAACAAGCGGCUGCAGGAGGUGGUCCUGACACCAGACACCAUCAUCAUGGCCACCAUAACCACGCUCACCAUCACGCUAAUCCGCAUGCCGUCACUGCACCACUCUUCCGUGCUCCCGUCAGGGUGAAUCCAGACGCCCGGGACAGUACGACGCAGCAGAUACAAUCGAAAUUAGGUAACUAUUCGUUGGUGAAACAUCUAUUGGACGAGCCGAAACGGCUGAUCGGCAUCGAGGGUGUACCGCCGAGCCCUGCCCCGACCUCCUCGUUUCUACGAAUGAGUUCCAGCUCGGUCGGCGCGAAUUCCAGGAGCUCGCCCUCCUCCCAAGAAUUCAAGAAACCGGGAGGGCCUCGCCCCGAUCUUUCUUCCUCGUCGUCGUCCUCGACGUCAUCUCUGUCUUCGUCGUCCUCGUCUUCGACGUCGUCGUCGUCGUCGUCGUCGUCGUCGUCCACGUCCUCGACGUCGUCGUCGUCGUUGUCCUCGUCGUCAUCGAGUCAUCAACGCGGUGGUUUCGUGAAGCCAGCCGACGGAAAGCCGCCGUACGGAGGCAGGGGUGGUUACCCCGGCCAGCCAGUGAAGCACGGGGGCAACAGCAACGAUCAUAGGAGCCACGGUUUAUUACCCGCCAAAGGACCGCCCACGAAUUCGCCCGGGAACGGAACGCUCGCUGGCAAUUCCAGUAUCGGGAAUUCCAGCGGCAGCAGGCUUCACUGUGUCGGCAGCAGACUGUCCAGGUUACCUCUCGAUAACGUGAGUGCACGACCCGCUUUUCGCCACCGAUCGUCUGUCUUUAUCUCUCUCCUCUGUUUUCAGGAAAUGACCAUGCCACCCACGCCGCUCACGGCCAUCGCCCAGACGCCGAGGAAGGAGCUCGAGUCGAAGUUCACGUUCAAUCCUGUGAUGGCGAAGUUGACCGAAGUGACGCCGCAGGAAGCCACGAAGCCUCAACGCGAGCGGCACAGCGCCAACAGGCUAUCGGCGGAUUUGGAGCGCGACUUAAGCUUGAGCGAGGACAGCGAGGAUGAGGCAAGCAAGGAAACGUCAUCGCGGACAACGAGGGGAAACAGAAGCCCCGACCUCACGGUCGAUUUAUCGAUACCAGCGAUGACGCCAGCCCCGCCGCCACUGGCACCCAUGUCGCCGAUGGGCCCGUCACCGGUCGGCCCUUUGUCGCCCACGAGGCCGCUCAGCCCGAGCAGGCCGCCAUCGCCGCCCAAACAGAUGACGCCGGAGCAAGUGGUCUCGCCUCCGCCUGUCAGCCCCCUGCAAUCCAAGGGUUCCCCGAGCCCCAACGUGCACCAGAGGCCGCCCAGCCCUUCGGGCCAGGCGAUGCAGAGCUCCGGAAGCGCGAGUUCCACAUCCGACACCGGAUCCGACUCCGGCUCGGACAGCAGCGACGAUUCCGAGGAGGAGACCAGCCCUCCGCCCACCAAAGGCCCCUCCACCCCUCCCUCCGUCUCACCAAAGAAUGAAAAUAUAAUCGAGGAACCGCCGCCUGCGAUCGAGGAGCCGAAAUCAAGGAGUUGGAAUUUGGAGUCGUUCUUCAACAAGACGAACGCCAUGCCCCACGGGGAACAGAAUUCGGAGAACAAGCAGGCGCAGGAUUGCAACAGGCGGCAAGAUUCCCCUAUGGUGACGACGGUGGACGCCCGAGCGCACAGGAACAAGGCGGCGCACGAGUGGCAGCUCGACGAGGCCCUGAAGAGGACCCGUAACAUGACCAUGAUCAGCGUGUUGUACAGCGACAGCGAUCGGCCUUCCGAUCAGGAGAAGGGGCAGCCGGUGGAGGAGAAUCGGGCGCAGGCCGAAAAGCCGAAGGUUGACGCGAGGAAACGCGGCCGGCCGAGGAAACCGACGAAUCCAAAAGCCGGGCAUCGAACGUCGGACGAGAGUUUGAAGAACGGGAAACCUCGCAGCAGGACGAGAGGGGUGGGCAAUCACAUGAAGAAGAAACCGCCCCUCUCGAAGGCGAACAUAUCUACGAGCGAGGAUGAGAGCGACGACAGGUCGCAGGGGGCGUCGAGCGACUCCGACAGCGACCGGCCGCCGACCAGGGUGUCGCCUGGGGUCGCGGCUAUGAACGACAAGAGGAGGUCCAGAUUGAGCGGAUCUUCGAGCGAGGACGAAAGCCCGCCCAAGGGGAAGAGCAACAACAACAACAACAACAACGUGUCCGAGGACGACACCUCGCGUUGGAGAAGGAUGACCAAUAUUAAGAGAAGCAAGUUGGGAGACUCGCCGAAGAAACAGGAGAAGAAGAGCCCCGCGGCGAAGGCGAAGCCGAGAAGGUCGACCUCGCGGGUGAACAAUGGAUCCGAUUCCGACAGCGAGUCGGAAAUAGUGAGGAAUCGUAUCCAGGUUGCCAGUGGGUGCAGAGUACCUCCUAGGCCGAGAGUCCCACCGACCCGAGAUUCUUCCCCGGAAAAUUCGGACAGCGAUAACAGUCCGGGUCCGAAGUUGCAGGAGGAAGAUGCGGGCAACGUGCAGGACAAGAAGAAGAGCGACACUCUUCGAAAAGUGUUCUCAUCUUCGAUAGGGGGAGGGAAGGGCGGUGGCAAAGGAGGGAAAGGCGGUAAAGGCGGUGGAAAGUGUGGGAUUUUCGUGGAAGAGUAUACGACCUCCGCGAAUACGCCGACCGGCGGGGAGAGCCCUUACAAGAGACCAUCGUCACAGGCGUCGAACGUGACUCAAUCUUUCCCGCCGCUCACGCGCGUGAACGGCGUGCCAAGUUUGUACUGUAGGAUCGAGCUGAGCAAACUUCAGCAUGUGUCGCAGUUGUCGAGGGGUCAAGAGUUGAGACAGCGCACAGAACUUCCAGACACGAGGCCGUCGUCCAGACAAGCCUCGACGCUGACGCAUCAACCCCCUCGACCGCCUACGCCUGAGGAAGGGGAGAUCGUCGACACGCCACCGCCUCAACAGGAAGCGAGGAUUCACGGUGACGCGUCGUUGCUCGUCGACGGUGAUGUUAAAAAUCGCGCUGUGAUCAAGGGCGAACCUAUAUCGGACACGAAGAGUAAUUGUGGUAUAGGCCUCGCCGCGGGUGUCGUCGGUGCAGGUGCUAGUAGUGGAGGAAGUGGUGCUAGUAGUACGGGUAACGCGCCCAAGAGGAAACGUAAUCCGAGUUGUAGUUCAGUGUCCAGUUUGAGUACUGUGUGUUCCAUAGAUACGAAGACGAAAGGGUCGGGAGAGCACAAAGACAGGAAGAAGAAAAAGAGGAAACACGGCGACGUCGAAUCUGUUAACGUUUCGUCGAGGCCGUCUUCCAGUCAGCAAAACGACAUUCAACCUACGAAUCACGAACGGGAAGAAAAGCCUGAUACUAGUUUAUUGCCACCACCACCACCGCCUCAACGCGUUUAUUAUUCUUACUUUAAUCCUCAAAAUGAAGUUUUAGAGGAUCAGGAUAGGUGGGACCAGAAUCAGUACCUGAUGGAAGCGAAGCGGCUGAAGCACAGCGCCGAUAAGGAGUGCGAGCUCACGGCGCAGGGUAUGCUUUACCUAGAAGCCGUUCUGUGCUUUUUGCUCACGGGAAAUGCUAUGGAGUCAGAUCCUCUCACGGAGAGAGCGUCGUUCACUAUGUACAGGGAUACGCUCAGUCUCAUCAGAUAUAUUUCUUCCAAGUUUAAGAGCCAGCAGAACAACUCGCCGGAGAGCAGUAUACACAACAAGCUGGCCAUUCUGAGUCUUUUUUGUCAGUCCCUCAUAUACUUGAAACUGUUCAAGAUGCGCAGACACGAAAUCAAAGAGAGUCAAAAAAUUCUGAACGAUUAUCAUCAAAAGCCUGCUCAGGCAACAACGGUUCAACCAGAGGGACAGGGAACGCCAUCCUUAUCACCGACACCGUCACCUGCCGGUUCCGUGGGCUCCGUUGGCAGUCAGAGUUCCGGAUACAGUAGUGGCGAACUAGCGAAUCGGGGAGCAGCUUCGGGCCAACCGCAGCCCGCUCCGUAUGUUAGCGUUCCACUUAACGUGCACAACGCUAUGGCGAAACAAAACCAUCACUUCAGUUUGUUGUUGAGCUGUCACGAUCUCUGGGACCAGGCGAACGCUCUGGUGACAGAUAAACAUAGAGAUUUUUUCAUCGAGCUGGAUGAAAAAUUGGGACCUCUUACUUUGAAAAGUUCUUUACGCGAUCUGGUACGCUACGUUCAAGCUGGUAUAAAGAAGCUUCGAGAUCUCUGACCACAGUGGCAUAGCCCCAGACCGCCCACCCCGAAUUAUAUAACUUCUCUCCCACAAAAUAUGGCUACGUAUCCAACGAUAUAUACAUAAAGAAAUCGAAUUAUUUGGAAGAGAUUUGGAAUAGAUUUAGAAAAACGUACGAUCGGCGAUCGUAUGAUUAAUAAUAACGUAACGCGCGUCAAGAGAAACGUUGAAUUCGAAAAGAUGGGAAAUCGGGAGAGAAAUCGAAUCUGUUCUCAUUUCAACGAAUAAGGAUUAUUCUGACGGGGUUUAAGGAUUCAAGAUGGCCUGGGGAAUAUAACGAGGAAAGCGUUCGAUAUGAUAUUCGAAAAAUCGUCUAAUUACGUUUCUUCGUUCAGGGAUUCACGAAAGCGUAUCCUGGCAUUUAAAAAAAAAAGAAAAAAAAAAAAAAAAACUAACAGAGCACCAACUUUAUAGUCAAUUCAGAAUAAAACUCGUCAAGAAGAAGGAUCAUUGUGAAUCGGUACGUAGAGAGAAUCUCUUCUAUUCUGUGCAUAGCACGCGUUACUUAUUUUCGAGACGAGAAUGGAGAACGUCAGCCAGUGACGUUAAUUAAGAAAAAAGAGAUCGAAAUGGAGCAUCGUAGAUGUUUGAAGAAGAUAAAGAAGAUGACGAGGGGGAAGUACACUGGUCUCUAUUUUUUUCGGACUGAUCAUUUUUGUAAAGUAAAAAAUGAAAUAAAAUUGAAGAUGCAAAAGAAAAAAUAGAGGAUGGAUUAUAAGGGGAAGAAAGGAAUUAGAAGAUGGAAUUAGAAGUGCCACAGAAGCGCCCGUGUGUUCUCGCUUUACGGUGCGCCGCAGCCGACGUUACCUGAAGCAUGAGUUUCGUCUUGGCGAUUCGAGUGCGACGAAUACACAAGAAUAUACAUAUAUGCAUAUAGUUUAUUACCUAUAUAAAUAUAUAAAUAAUUAUAAAAAUAUAGAUAUGAAAAUAUAUUUAAUGAAAAGAGAACCAACGCGUCGCGCACGCCGGCAUUUUGUUUCUUGCGGAAAACAAAAUAAAAGGAACAUGGCGACUGCGAAAAUUCGCGAGUUGAAGGUUUAGAGGAAAGAUAAAGAGGUGAAGUGACAGGGAUGGGGGAAAUUUAGUGUGAUGAUGCAUUUCUCUUGGAUUGAGAUGCACCACGAGCAACAAGAUCAACAAUUGAUCCAAACCGAUAGAAUAUUACUACUACUACUACUACUACUACUACUACUACUACUACUAUUACUACUACUACUACUACUACUACUACUACUACUACUACUACUACUACUACUACUACACUACUACUAUUACUACUACUACUAUUACUACUACUACUACUACUACUACUACUACUAAAAUGUCUUACGUCUGUGAACAAAGGACACGACUCUUUUUUGUAGAUAGGUUACGAAAGAAAAAAGUAACUUAGAUUAGAUAAUUAAUAAAUACGCAACAAGGAAAACAAAGUUAAACGAUAACAGAAGAAAUAAAACAUAAACAUAUUAUUUACAUUACUUAGAAUUAAACGGGGAAAUAAGUAGAGGUUCUAGUGAUGAAGAAUAAAAAAAAAAAAAAGAAUAUUCGAAUAAUUACACAUAGCGCAUACACCACAUUAAAAAUAGUGCGAUUAUAAAGAAAGAAAAAAAAUGGAAGGAAAAGGAAGAAAGGGAGAAAGCGUGCACAGACACCAAAACGAGAGAGAGAGAGAGAAGAAAAAAAGAAAUAAAAUAAAAUAAAAUAGCGCGUGGUAACUUUCGUUACACGAGACGCGUGUAGGGGAAAACAAAAAAAACAAAAAAUCAAGCGUAACGGAUAAGUAAGUUGCUCAUGUGUAUAUUUUUGUAAAUAGGUAUUUGCGAGUGCCGCCGCCUUGAGGGUGACCUGUCGACGUUUAAAUCGACGCGACAGGCCGGCCCGCCCCAAUUUUUGCUACCACAAAUCUUAUCGAGAAUCAGGAAAUUUCUAGUAAAAAGAAAAAAAUAUUAAAAUACACGUACACAAGAUGUUACAUGUCCGCCGAAUUUGUCCCGAAGAUUUUUUCCGAAUCCGAUUCUUUAUAAAUGCUUGUGUUACCUUUAAUCUUUCGUGUAUAUAUAUAUGUAUUUAUGUAUACAUAUUUCUUUUACGUUGUUUUUUCUUUUUUUUUUUUUUUCUUCCUAUUACGUUAUUCGAUUCGAUCGACCACCUUUCAUCCGCCUCUUUCGAAUCGAUUAUCGCAUUUGUUCGAUACGCUUUCUUUUGUUUUCGUUGUUCCGUCACCGAUAAAAUGAACAAAAAAAAAAAAAAAAAAACAAACCGUUAUGUCGCAAAAUGCGCACGCAAUCUAUUUAGCGAUUUUCCUAUAUUUUCGCAGCUGAUGGAAUGUGGUUUAAAGUAUACGAGGUCUGAAUGUGCGAAAUGGAAAAAGAAAAGAAGAAAAAAAAAAUAUAUAUAUAAGAAAGAAAAUGUAAUUCGUUCGUCUUUCUCGAUAAAACAGCGAAUUCGAUUUGAUAUGAUCAUUGUAACGAGGAGAUCAAAAAACGGAAGAGGAUAAAGAAAAGUUUUAGCAGUAAGUUAACUGGCGCGCGAGCAUUCGAAGGAUAUUGUUGAAUCAUUCCUUGGACCAGAAUCAUAACGAAUAAUAAUAAUAAUUUAUCCAAACAAUUAGUCAAACAUAUCGAAAUUAAAUUGAAUUAAAUUUUGAAUCUUCCGUGUAAUCUUUUCGUUAAUCUUUGUAACGAUAAUAUCGAAAGAGAGUGAGAGUGAGAGUGUGAAAGAGAGAGAGAAAGAGAGAGAGAGAGAGAGAUAAAAAAGAUGGGGAGAAGGAGAAAGAAAUUGGACCAAUGUAAAUCGUAGGGGACGUUUAAUAAAAUCCAUUGUAUCGGCCAGUUCGUUGCUAAUACUUUUCUACGUGAGAGGAGAAAGCAAUGAAAAUAAAUAAAGAUAGAUAAAAAGGAAGAAAAGAGGAAUGAAAGAAGCAAAUAUGGCAGAAAAAAGGCUGGAACCGUGACAAAGGGAUCGAACAAGGGUUGACGAGACUUAGGGGGGCCCAUAUAGAGUUACUAAGCGCGGUCCAAUGGUUCACGGGAUACAAUUUUAUACCUCGUGUGCGCGUGCACACGGACUGAAGGAUAAAAGAGUUUAAAAAAAGAGAUCUAUUAAAAAA